UACUCAAAGGAAGAUUCUCCCAGAGGAUGGAUUUCUGUUUGAAAUGCUGGAUUAACAAGAGUUUGUAGUUUAAAUCUUCCAAUUUUUGACUCAUUCAAACCACAAAUUUCAACAUAUUUACACCAAAAGGUUGAAAAAAUGAUACAGCUUUCUAGUAAGUUGUCAGAUCUUGUUUUGUUGUAGUUGUUUUGAGCAUGUUGCAGGUAGGCCAGAAAGUACAAUUUGAGCUGAUUUGACCCUCUUCCACAUGUUUGAUGUGGAAGCAAACAUGUGCAGAUCCAAGACUUUUUGGAGCCCCUCAGUGGAUUUUCAUUUGGGGCCCCCAAUACCAACAGGCCAACACCAGAUAAUUCAUCAUUCCAUAACAUACAGAGUGUGCUGGUGUUACAGCUGUUGAUUUUAACCUUACAGAAGCAGCAAACAAACAGAAAUAUUUGGAUUUUAAGAUGUAAAGAGGUGUUUAAGUGACAUUUUAAGUAUUUGACAGUAACCUCAGGAAACAAACACUGAAUUUUAAGAAAACAAGUUAACAAGAUUAAUAUCUUAUAUUUUCCUUACUUUGGCAGCAAACAAACACAGGAAGAGAUCACCCUAUUAUAUGUGUUCCAGCUAUACGAAUAAUAUAGAAAUUAUUUUUUCAUGUGUAACAACAUUUAGUAUGUAUUAUUCAAAGUUAUUAAAUAAAAAACUUUGGUUUUUUCUUUUGUUUGUCUUUUUGUCACACUAGCUCAGUGCUCUUGGGGGCCCCCUGGUGGUGUGAGGGCCCUGAGCAGCAGCUAAUCAGCUGGCUCCCAUCUUCCCUACUUAAACGAAUGUCCAAAUUUUUUAUUUAUUUUUCUUAACUCAACAGUCAUUCCUCCCUUCCUACUUUCUACAACACAUUCUACAGUUCUGCUCGGUUCUGAGCAGCCAGCGGUCCGUGUGCUAACUUAGUCUGAUGCGCACAGUGUUUUCCCAGGCCCUCUGUGUGACACUCUGCCUCAUGUUGCUCUCUCUACUCAACACAUGUGCAGCAAAUGCGGGAUUUGGAUUAACAGCAGGACUUGUCCGAUGUGGCUCUGCCGGAUCUGCAACGAGCAGCAAGAGGUACAGAAACGUUCAGGGGCCUGGUUUUAUAAAGGAAGAGGUCAGCAGGGCCUGCCGUCCCCCCUGCCUCUCUCCAGACCUCAGUCCAACUCAGAGGACAACACCGGUCCAGGCCGGUCACAGGGUCACAGACCAAGUCAUCAGACUGAUGAGCCUCGGCAGAAGCAGUCCAGCGCGUCAGAACAAUGGGAGCAGACAGCAAGAACAACAACUGACAGCUGUGAUGAGACUCAUUCUACUCAGGCAGCUGGAACCAAAACGGAGAGACAUGUGUUGGCGUCCAAAGCACCUCAGGCAAACACGCAGCAGACGGCACCCACCCCAGUCCCAGCAGCGGAUCUGGAGAGCAAGAGGCAACCGGUCGUCUCCUCAGGUCCCACAUACAUACCUGCAACCAGGAUCACUCCACCUGAGAUCCCACCUUCCAACAACGUGACGACCCAGAAACCCGCUCCAGACCACGCAGAGGACGACGACAACGACUAUGACUCAGACGAUGCCACCACACUGGGAUCUCUAGAGUUCAGCCUUCUUUAUGAACAGGAGAAUCAUGCUCUACACUGCUGCAUCAUUAAAGCCAAGGGUUUGAAACCAAUGGACUCUAACGGACUGGCAGAUCCGUAUGUAAAGCUACAUCUGCUCCCCGGAGCCAGUAAGUCCAACAAGCUUCGCACCAAGACGCUUAAAAACACCCUGAACCCCGUGUGGAACGAGACGCUGAUCUACCACGGCAUCACCGACGAUGAGAUGCAACGCAAAACGCUCAGGCUGUCGGUGAGCGACGAGGACAAGUUUGGACAUAAUGAAUUCAUUGGAGAGACCCGGGUGGCACUCAAGAAACUGAAGUUUGACCAGAAGAAGAAUUUCAAUGUUUGCUUGGAGAGAGUGAUCCCGGUGAAGAAGGCUGUUGGUGGGUCAAUUCGUGGCAUGGCACUUUAUGAGGACGAUCUGAAGGAAGGCGAGGACUCGGCGGAGAGGGGCCGCAUCCUGAUAUCGCUGACAUACAACAGUCAGCAGAGUCGUCUGGUAGUGGGCGUGGUCCGCUGCGCUCACCUGGCCGCCAUGGACUCCAAUGGCUACUCAGACCCUUUCGUCAAAAUAUGUCUGAAGCCAGACAUGGGAAAGAAAGCCAAGAACAAGACGCAGAUCAAAAAGAAGACCCUCAACCCGGAGUUCAACGAGGAGUUCAGUUACGAAAUUAAACACGCCGAGCUCGCCAAGAAAACUCUGGACGUAUCGGUCUGGGACUACGACAUGGGGAAAUCCAACGAUUUCAUCGGGGGAUGUCAGCUAGGCAUCCAGGCUAAAGGAGAGAGUUUGAAACACUGGUACGAAUGCCUCAAGAACAAAGACAAGAAGAUCGAGCGCUGGCAUGUCCUGCUUGAUGACAACACCGUCCAGUUUGAGGAUUAAUUCACGCUGUAAUGAUUCACUUAUCUGCUCCUUUAUUUGAUCACUUCUCUGCUCAGUGUUGUUUUGCAGUUUCUAAAGUUGGAGCCAUUCCUCCGUGUGUUCGUAUGGAGCUUUCCCCAGAAGUCGGAUGUGAUUUUUAAAUUUCUCGUGACAAACAUGGAUGUCGAUCUAAAGUAACCUCCGCCUGACCCCGUCACCUAAACUAGUCCAGGAAGCUUAUCGUAUCGCAUCUUGUAAAACAUGAUAGAGGAGCCUCUGAACUGAGCGUUUAUCAUAAUUCCCGGGGAAGAUAAAGUCUUCGUUAUCGCUGCUAUCAGGUGAGAAUGUUGUGUUGAAGUGUGCACAGAUGCUCAGACCCGACAGAGGGAAUUCCCGGUCGUCUGUCCGACCUUUUCCCACCCCAUCACGUCAUCCCGGCGACCACGUCAUUGCUGGGUGAAGAGGUCGGCUUUCCUGAUGUGUCUGAUCACAUUUUAUUAGUUGAUGUGUAAUGUUAUUCUGGCGUGUGCGUCGUCCAUAACAAAGCAAGCAAAAUAAAUAUAUGUCUCUAAUUUAUUUGUGUUAUUGUGCCAACCGACCAUCCGUUUUGCAUGAGACUGAAUCAACACAUUUGUGGACAAGAGCCCAGUUAUGAACUUCCUGAGGUGUAUGCAGACACUUUGUAGCACCUGUAGAGUAUGGAAAAGGAUGAUGUUUGUCAACUGCAGCACACAGCGGCAAGCUAACAGUGACCUGUCAUUUUACUGUGGCUUUAAUAUUUAAUAUUCGGUUGUAGAAAUGCUUUCGGCUCCACGCAGCUGAGACCUGUGCAGUCUGGCUGGCUGGAGAAAUUCAUGGGGCAAAAUGAACGCUUCUGCAUGGACCUUCUUUAUGAAAUGAGCAUAAAACUAAAUUAGACCAAGCAGUGGUUCAAUAAAACACAAUGGAAGACUCCUGUUCUAAUCUAACUCUAUAUUUUAGAGUCAGGUGAAAUGUUUCCAGCUGCUUAUUCUCCCUGAAUUGCUGCUGACGCAUGUAUGAACCCAUGUUGUUGAAUACAUGUGGCUAAUUAAUAA